AUGAAUGAUAAACUCCAAAAAGAGCAUAAAGAAAACGACACCAUUUCACAAAUUAAUGAUUUCACGUCGCAUAUGAGUAUAGACUUCCAUUCGAAUAACAAUAGCAAUAUCAUCGAAACUAUUGGUGUUUCCAAAAGGCUAGGAAAUUCUGUACUAAGUGAACUGGAUUCCAGAGCUACCUCAAAAUUCGAAUUCUUAAAAGAUCAAUCCGAGCAACAAUACAACGGUGACAAGAAUGGCGAACCGAAAUCGGACUCGUAUGAUAUCAACGAGUUCUUCCAAGCAAAGCAUGAUUCUCAAUUCGGCCAGAUGGAGUCGCUAGACACUCAUUAUACUCUCUUACACACACCCAAGAGAAAAUCUCAACAUGCAAUUCCACAGGAUCGGUCAGAUUCGAUGAAAAGGUCAAGACCGUCCCGCUCAAUUCCAUACACUACACCAGUGGUCAACGAUAUCACAAGAAGAAUACGAAGAUUGAAGUUGCGGAACUCAUUGGUCAAUGGCAAUGACAUUGUGGCUAGAGCGAGAUCUAUGCAAGCGAAUUCUAAUGUUAAUUCGAUAAAGAACACACCACUGUCAAAACCCAAGCCCUUUAUGCACAAACCAAACUUUUUAAUGCCCACUACCAAUUCCCUGAACAAGAUCAACUCCGCUCAUCGCAAUGCCUCUUCCUCUUCGUCAGCCUCAUCGAUCCCAAGAUCUAAGGUACACAGAUCGACACCAAUAAGAGACUUACACGCCAAAACCAAACCGACAGAACGCACGCCAUUUGCACAAGGAACGAAUUCGCAAUUGAAGAAUUCAGUUUCCGUUUUUGAUAGACUUUACAAGCAAACAACGUUCUCUAGGUCGACGUCUAUGAAUAACCUAUCAUCAGGAUCCUCUGCAAAGUCCAAGGAACAAACCAAUGCGAAGACCCGGUUGGUGAAAAGUAAGACAAGUGGUUCAUUGUCCACCAAUCUUAAGCAAAAUACGGCUACCAGCACAAAGGGUGAAAGGCCCAUUUGGCGAUGA